AUGCGCCAUCCAAUGCCAUCCCUUCCCGGCAAGCCGCAGGUGAAGAAAAAGCGCGCUGGCUUCUUCAGAUGGACGUGGCGCAUCACCUAUGUGUUGCUCAUCGGAGGCCUGAUAUACACGGGAUACAACAUCUAUCAAGAUCGUUACCCCGAGGAACAACACCCGCCAGACCCAAAUAAGAAGACUCUCGUGGUGCUUGGAACUGGUUGGGGCUCUGUCUCACUCUUGAAGAAGCUCGAUACCCAAAACUACAACGUCGUCGUCAUUUCGCCACGCAACUAUUUCUUGUUCACACCUCUCCUGCCAUCAUGUACGACGGGUACCAUCGAGCACCGGUCCAUCAUGGAACCAAUUCGCAAUUUCCUCCGCCACAAGCACACCUCUGUCAAAUACUACGAAGCUGAAGCCACCAAGAUCGACUACGAGAAGCGCGUCGUAUACAUCAGCGAUGACUCCGAAAUCAAAGGCACUGUUUCAUCUAAUGAGGUUCCAUUCGAUAUGCUGGUUGUUGGAGUGGGCGCUGAGAAUGCAACCUUCGGCAUCCCAGGUGUCCGCGAGAACAGCUGUUUCUUGAAAGAGGUCGGUGACGCUCAAAAGAUCAGAAAGCGAAUUAUGGACUGCUGUGAGACUGCUACAUUCAAGGAUCAGUCACCGGAGGAGCGCAAGCGUCUGCUGCACAUGGUUGUUGUUGGUGGUGGUCCAACCGGUGUCGAAUUCGCUGGUGAGCUUCAGGACUUCUUCGAGCAGGAUCUCAAGAAAUGGAUCCCAGAGAUCCAGGACAACUUCCAUGUCACCCUUGUUGAAGCUCUUCCAUCUGUGCUGCCCAUGUUCUCCAAGUCUUUGAUCGAUUACACUGAGAAGACCUUCAAGGAGGAGACUAUCGAGAUCCGAACCAAGACCAUGGUCAAGAACGUCACGCCAACAUAUAUCGAAGCCGAGUUCACCGACUCAAGUGGCAGGAAGCAGCUGGAAAAGAUCCCGUACGGACUGCUUGUUUGGGCCACUGGCAACGCUGUUCGCCCCCUUGUUAAGGACCUCAUCAAUCAGAUUCCGGCUCAGAAGGAUUCCCGACGUGGUCUCGCUGUGAACGAGUAUCUCGUGGUGAAGGGCACCGACAACGUCUGGGCCGUGGGUGAUUGCGCUGUAGCCAACUAUGCGCCAACCGCACAAGUCGCCUCGCAGGAGGGUGCCUUCCUCGCUCGCCUCUUCAACCAGAUGGCUAAGACUGAGGAGAUUGAAGGCAAGCUCUCCGCGCUUUCCGAAGAGCAAGGCAAAGCGCCCAAUCAGGAAGCUCGCGAUAAGAUCUUUGGCGAGAUUAAGGACCUGCAAAAGCGCCUGCGUCGUGUCAAGCAGAUGGGACCAUUCGAAUACUCGCACCAGGGCUCGCUUGCCUACAUUGGCAGCGAGAAGGCUGUCGCUGAUAUCUCCUGGCUGACCGGAAACUUGGCUUCUGGUGGUCAGCUCACGUAUCUGUUCUGGCGAAGUGCCUACUUGAGCAUGUGCUUCAGCACGCGCAACCGCGUCCUUGUCAUUAUGGACUGGCUGAAAUCAUACAUCUUCGGUCGUGACGUCUCACGAGAGUAAGCUUGAACCACUUCUUUCCAGUUUUGUACUCCGAACGAGCAUCCGCCCAAUGCACAACGGGCGUGGAUUUUUGAUACGGGUUUGUGAAAUGUGGUCAAGGAAGACUUAUAGACAGGAUACCGAGGCGUUAAGGUAGAAAGUGUGUGAGUAGCGACUUUGAAAUCUUCGAUACACAGUAGGAGCCCAUAGAGUCAUUGCUUGAGAAUGCACUUCGGGACGAG